AAAAAGACGCAAGGCACAAUAUCACCACUAUCCAGCUUGGUCUAAUGAUAAAAGAGGAGGAGAGAUCACUGUGAGGAAAUUGACAUGAUUUUUGCAAACAGUUAUUAAACAUUACAGGUUGUGUUAUUUAUAUAAUAUCAACAUUUUCAUUUGGACCAAACGUUACUGAGUUUCUUGUCUCUUGUAGGUAAGAGGAAAUUAUUUUGUGAGGUGAAUAUUUAGAGCAUGUUGAAAUAACAUUAAGAUUAAAUGGUAUAAUAUAUGUAGACAGAAGAACUUAAUUAUUGCAGUAUCAUCUGUGCUUAUUAUAGUUUUGUUAAUGUCAUUUGUACAUCUUUAUUACCCUUUAACAAUGAUAAAUUUGUGUAAUGGAUUUGCCCAGCUUUAUUUGUUGAACUGUCCAUUCAAAGUUAAAGGGAUUUCAAUAUUUAAAUACAAAAAUUGAGCUACCAACAGUUAUAGAGCCUGGUCAGACUGCACGAAUGACUGUAUACUGUUGACAAAGGCCAAUCACGUUCUGUUACAGAAGGCUAAGGCUUAAUUUAGAUAAUCAAAUAUGUUGUCAAAUCUAGUUUAGGAUAAUAAAACUUCAUGAAAAGCUAUUCUAAAACAAUUAGAAUUAUUUGACGUUGACAAGUUUGAUUAUUAACGUAAUUCUUUUUUAUAAUAUGAAACUAUUUAUCUAAAAAUAACAUUGCUUGCCUUUAGAAAGGCUAUCUAAAGGCCGCUUUAACCGACUCGAGAAUACUUUUACAUAUUUUUAAUAUCCCAGGGUUGCAAACUCAACGACAAUCAUUUAGUGCCUUCAAGUGAGCAAAUGUAUUUCAAUUCAAAGCUAUUGAAGUAUCAUAUUUUAAAAUAUUUGGGCCUGUCAAUAUAAAUGUAAACUUCAACUCUUGUUUUGCUGUGGUGAGUCCAAUAACAAACAUUUACUGGUGGUAUUAAUUUAUAUAAUGUAAACAUGAACUGAUGUAUUGAUAGUUUUCUUUUUAUGACAUAUGGUUUUGUGUCAUUAUAUUUAAUUAAUGUUAGAAUCAAAUUAUGUAUAAAUGUUGUUUGUCUUUUCACUUAUGACAUCAGUUGCAUUUAAAGCAUAUGUAUUAAAUUGCGUAAAUUGAUUCAUUUCAGAAACGUGUGCUUCCAGUUCAGAAGGGUUAUAUGAAAGUUGUGUUAUAUGAAAGUUGUGUUAUAUGAAAGUUGUGUUACCAGUAUAUGAAAGUUGUGUUUUCCUUUAAGGGAAGGAGGAUCAGGGUCAAUUGAUUCAGCCUCGGAUUAAAUUAAGGACGGAUCAUGGCCUUAAUGUUAACAUGUGAUGUUUGAUGUGAAAUAUUUACUUGUAUGGAAACUAUGACAUCCCAUCAUUGUGUGCCAUCUAAUCACCAUGACUUGGUCUGUGAUACAUGUAACAAACAUUGUGCAACAUUAACUGAGCUAAGUCAGCAUGUCGGAACACAUUCUACAGCCUCUGAUGCUACUAAUGAUGAACUAUUUAAGUCCGAGGAAGCAACAAAAGUUCAUCGUUCUGCCAACACUAUCAACAAGGACUUCUGUUGCGAUAUGUGCAACAAGAGGUAUGCUACAAAGGGUGACUUAAAUACGCACAUUCAAACACAUUCUUCAAAAUCAUUUGAAUGCAAGACUUGUGGGGCUAAAUUUACAACCCCAAAAUAUCUGAGCAGACAUGUUCGGAAUAUUCAUGAGAAACCAGCCAAGUAUAGCUGUACCUAUUGUGAGAAAAAAUUUAAGUCUUUAUCGCAUUUGAAACGGCAUGAAUUGAUUCACACGAAUGAGAAACCAUUUAAGUGUGAAAUAUGUGACAUGGCUUUUAGAGAUGGAUGUGCUUUAAAGAAUCAUGUUAGAGUUCACACUGGAAACAAGCCCUACAUGUGUGACGUGUGCAAGAAAUGCUUUUCUCAUUCAUCAUAUCUAAAUGUACAUGUGCGGAUACACACCGGGGAAAAGCCUUUUUCAUGUACCUUUUGUGAUAAAAAAUUUUCUACCACAAUUAGCCUUAAAAGCCAUCUUAAAACUCACACUGGGGAAAAACUUCACAAAUGUAAACAGUGUCCAAAAUCAUUCACCUUGUCCCAACAUUUGAAGGUCCAUGUACGUUUUAUGCACACUGGUGAGCGACCAUACAUUUGUGUUACAUGUCAGAAAGGAUUUGCAAGCUCAAGUCAUUUGAAACGUCACCAGUCAGUACAUUUAGAUGGCAAACAGUUCAGUUGUGAUAGGUGCGUCAAAAGAUUUACCAGCAAGGAUGGUCUUAAAAUGCAUAUGAACAGGCAUUAUACAAACGGAAAUAAAUGUUCCGAUUGUCCUAAAGAAUUUUCUAGCAAAAGGUCCCUUAAUAGGCACAUGCGGAUUCACAAUGGUAUUCAUCCUUAUACUUGUAAAAUUUGCCGUAUGGACUUCAGAUGGCUUGGACAAUUCAAUAUCCAUAAACGAAAAAAACAUCCAUGUGAGCUAAAAAGAUACUGUCUUGUGCACAUCAUACGUCUUUCAAGAUUUUAGUAAGAUAUACUGGUACAAAUUAGUAUUGAGAGUUUAGUAAAAUUUCAAAAUUAUGGUCACCAGUGAGAGGCAAAUGACCAUUGAGUCAAAUUGUCAUGUGUCUCUCUUUUGAACGAAUUGAAGGAAAUUGAAACUUUUUGGCAGAAGAGGCAAUUGCAGAGAGCAGGUUUCUCAAAAUCGGGGUCAAGGUUGAACUCACUGUCUGAAAUUUUUAAACCAAUGGAUGGAAAUAAGAACUAUGUGGCAGAAAUAUCAAUAGUAAGGAGACGUUGUGCAGUAUGUAGGUUUGGAAUUCUUAAGAUGAAAAAUUGACCCAGUCCAGUGACAGGUCACAUAGUUUACAUAGACUUAUAUAGGAAUACACAUUGUGAAAGUACACUGCUCAGAGCGUAGAUAUUUGGCAAACAGCAGUGUUUUAAGGACUUCUACAACAUUAAAUCUAUAUUUAAUUGCCUUAUUUGCAAACCAGUUUCAGGUAUGAAAUACUUUUGUCUUUAGCUUUUAUUUCAGCUGUGUCUCAUUUCUUACAUUAAAAAUUUAGUGUAGUAAUUAAUUAUUAUUUUUGUUUGUUUUAAAUUAUAUUAGGAAUGAUAUGUUUUCUACAGGAUUUUAUAUGCAUGUUUUGAUAUUUAUAGCACUUUUUUGUACAUUAAUGAAUUGUAAAAAAAUUUUUUUUUAUGUGACAUGAUAAUUCAAAGGGUAAAAUGAAGUAAUUUUAUGUGUUAUGAUAAUAAAUUGUUUUGAAUGGUAAAUUUUUAUGUGAUGUAAAAAAUUGUAUUCAUGUAGUAUGAUAAUUGUUAAUAUAUACAAUGUAUUAUAAUUUAUAUGCAUGUGAUAUGAAAAUGAAUUGUUUAAAUGGUUUAAUUUUCAUUUGACUGAUAAUAAAUUGUGUACAGUGGUUUAAUUUUACAUAACAUGAGAAUAAAGUGUUAGAAAUAACGUAACUUUUAUGUAUUAAUAAUAAGUUGUUGUGAAUGCCUGGGGGUAACUCUAUAUGGAUCUCGAAAUUGAGUAUCUGUAAAAGUUAUAUAAAUUUUCCGCUGAUAGAUGUAUACUAUAACCACCUAAUUAUGUGAAUGCAGUACAAGUCAUUCAUAUAGUAAGUUUUUACAUUUUUAACUUGACUAUUUGAUAAAAAUAAGUAGAGCUUUCCUAGUCACCCUUGUGUUGGUGUGGGCGUAACAACUUACAUGUAUGUUAAAGUUUGUACCACUACUACCUCAAAUACUUUCAAAGUCUGUUUACAUAUAGCUUUGAAACUUUGCAAACUUAUUCACCAUCAUGCCCCCAACCUGUAGACAGGAGGAAGUAACUCUAUCAAGCAUUUUGACAGAAUUAUGUCCCUUUUACAACUUAGAAUUUAAGUGAAAGUUUGCGUACCACCUCAAAUAUUUAACUUUGCACACUUUUUCACUAUCAUGCCCCCAGCCUGUAGACAGGAGGAGGUAACUCUAGCAAGCAUUUUGAAAAAAUAAUGCCCCUUUUUUCAACUUAGAAUUUAUGUUGAAGUUUGCAUACCACCUCAAAUAUCUUCAAAGUUGACUGACAUAUGGCUUUGAAAAUGUGCACACUUGUUCACUAUCAAACCUGUACAGGAGGUAACUCUUGCAAGCAUUUUGACAGAAUAAUGCCCCUUUUUUCGACUUUAAAUUUAAGUUAAAGUGUGCAUACCACCUCAGAUAUUUUCAUAUUCCAUUGACAUCUGGCUUUGAAACAUGUUGAAAUUUUAUACACUUCUUUGAGAGCAUAAUAGGAUUAUCCAAGGCCUAAUACUGUAAAAAUGGAUUUGGAAAAAAACAAGCCCUUUUAAGAACUUAGAAAAUUUCACAUUAUCAAGGCUCUUUUACUGUCAGGCACUAAGAAUAGUGGAGCAUGCUGUCCUACCAACAGCUUUUGUUAAAUCAUUUUUUAUUCAAAGUUCAACGCUUUUCUGAGGAAAGAAAAAACAACAAAAGUAAUCCAGGAAAGAGACAAUAUGGUAGACUGACUGCAGAGAUGUGACCAAAAAUGUGUAUAAUUCGGCAUAAAAACAGGUAAACAAAGAUAAAGUUCCAAACAUCAAAAUUUGGGUCCAUGUGUAGUAAUACCAGCUGAUUAGCUAGUUUAUAAUAUAUGCACAUUGCUCAUGCUCUAUAACAUGUCUAGCCAGUACCUCAAUGUUAGGGAUUUUAGGAGAAUAAAUUUACAUCUUGUAGAGUAUACACAUGCUUGUGUUAUAUCACUUUUUUCUGAAGUCUACUUGAUUUUUAUAACUCCCAACAACAAAACACAUGUAUAUGAAACUCCAUUGCAUACAUUUACAACAUUGUUUUAUUGAUCAUAUGAAAUUGACUACGAGAUUGGUAUUGAACAAUGUACAUGUAUAUAAUAGUCGCACAUGAAUUUGAAUUGGCCAUUAUUUAGUUGAGGUACUCGACUAUUUGUGAGAAAUGAAAGGGAAAAAAACAAAAAUCAGGAACCAAUGCAAGUAGUGAAAGACAAUUUAUUUAGAAAUAAUGGACUGACAAUAUCUAAAAUGCCUUCAUGUCAAAAUAUCUCG